AUGGACAAAGGAAAAGAUAAAAAGAGAGAGAAGGUAGUACAGAAAGAAAAGAAAGAAGAAAAGAAAGAAAGAGACAGUAGGAAUACGAAGGAGUAUAGUAGUAGUGAAGGUGAGUAUGAAACUCAUAAGAAUAGUAAAGGUUCAAUGGAUAAGAAGAGUAAAGAUGUUAGGAGUAGUAAGGGUUCAAAGGAUUCAAUGGGUAGUAAAGAAGACAAGAAUUCAAUGGAUAAGAAGAAGAGUAAAGAUGGUAAGAACAAGAGUAGUAAAGAAGACAAGAGUAGUAAGAGUAGUAAAGAAGACAAGGACAGUAAGAAAGACAAGAAAGAUGAAAGUGUGAAAAAAAGUAAAGAUGACAAGAAUAGUAAGAGUAGUAAAGAUGACAAAGACAAAGACAAAGACACAAAGGAUAAGAGUAGUAAAGACAGUAAGGAUAAGAAGGACAGUAAAAGUAGUAAAGAUGAUGAGAAUGUGAAAAAGAGUAGUAAGGAAGACGUAUCUAGUGAUGAUGACACAGCCAGUGAUGAUCAAAGCAAUAAUACAGAGCCAGAAGGUGAAGGUGAAGGUGAAGACAAAGAUAAAGAUAAAGAUAAAGAUAAAGGUGAAGAUGAAGGUGAAAAAACAAAAUCAAGUGAAAAAACAAAAUCAAACGGAAAAAAUGAUAAGACAAAAAAUAUUCCGGAAGAAAGAAAGAUAAUCAGUGAAAAAGAAAUUCAGUUGGAAAAGGUUGAUGGAUCACAUUUAAUUAGUGAGAAGAUCCUGCAAGAUAAUGCGAAUAUCUUAAAGGGAAAGGAGAGUAUGGAAAAUAAUAAGAAAUCCGUAUAUAUAUCUAUAAGAAAUAAUGUAGAAUCUGGGACAGUUAAGUCAAUCUCAGAGGAUCUUCUGAGGCAUAAGGAUAAAGAAUUUGGAACAUCUCUCUUGGAGAAGUCUAAGAGUAAAUUUCAAGUGGACUUUAAGAAACUUGAAAAAGAGAAAAAAGAAAGUAGUAAGAGUGAGAGUCUUAAGAGAGUAUCUAGGGCAGAACAAAUUGUAGAAAGAAUAUCUUUAUAUUACAGCAGGAACAAAGACUUUACUACAAAGGUAGAUACUUUGGUUAAGACUGUUAGGAAACUUAGUACUGAAACUAUUCAGAAAAUAUUCUUGAAUAUUCUUCAUAAAUCAGAUAGUCCUUAUGUUGUACUGUAUGUUCUAUCUAGGUUAAAGGAUGGUCCUGUCUUUCUAUCAGAUGAGUGCAUUGUGGAAUUAUCACUUUUUGUCAGGUCUUGUAGAUCGAUCUACUUGGAGACAAUCCCUUAUACUGAAAUUAUCAAAAAUCUGUUUGAAAAGUGCAUUUUACCUGAUGUAACUGUAGAACACUCUUAUGAUUUACUCUCUCAGAUAGAACAAACAGAAGGUACACGUGAUCUUUUGAUUGAAUUAUUUGGAAGAGUCCAUAUUGUGAACUACUACAAGGAGGUUACUGCUGGAUUAUUCACUAGAAAUAUACAGAGAAGUGUUCUUUACACUAUAAUGCACACAAUCAAUGAUAAAACCCUGGUGGAAACUAGUUUAUCACCUGUAUUUAAACGACUAGAUAAAAAUAUAACUGAAAAUACAGUUGAAAAAAAUACAGUUAUAUUUUCACGUGGUAUCUGGGCAUUCCUGCAUAUGCAUAUGGAUGGAUUUAAUGAAAGAUUUGAUGAUACCAUAAAGUACAUUAGAUAUUUCUGUACUGCAUUCACAAAUACUUCUUGUGAAUUCUUGUCAGCUGAUGAUGUCCUUGAGAUUAUCGAUACAAUUGAAAUUCUUGCAAAUUCUGUUAUCAACAGAACAAUUCACUCAGGUGAAAAAAGCAAAAAAAAUCACCAAAAAAAAUUAAAAAAUUAUGUGGAAAAGAAGGUAAUUAAGAAGAAAACUAAGGCAAGUAUUAUCCCAGAGAUGGAAGAUGUUGAAUACUCAGAGGACUCUGACUCUGAUGAAAGUGCACAAGAGAGUGAUGAAACAGAAAAAAGUGAAGAUUCUCACCCAGAGACUAAUGAAAGACUUAAUAAUGUGAAAAUAACCCAAGAGUCACUCUUAAUAUUCACUACAAUGUUGAACAAGGAAUACAAGACUGUAUAUGAGAAGGUAAAAGAAGCAAUUAAAUGGAAGAAAAGACCAACAUACGAUACAUUACUAUAUGCAAUGGCACAUAUAAAACUACUUCAUCUGUUGCUUUAUCUGUCAAAAGUAUCUGGUUCUGUUGAAAUCCCUAUUAAUGACCAUUAUUCUCUCUUUUCAAAUAUAAAUAUUCCUGCUUCUUUUGAUGGAAAAAAGUACGAUGGCACUGAAGACCUGGCUGAUAGAAUAUUCUCUGAGAAAUGGAAUUCACUUGGAUUCUUAUUAAAGGAAGGACUAAUUACCUCAAAUGAACUUAAUUUCUCAAAGGAUAUUCUUCGUCAUAAAUCACCACAUCAACUCUUUGAUAAAAUAUCUGCCAGUGCACAUCUACUUACAUUCCCUCCUGUCUCAGUCUUCUUAGAGAAUGGCCAUCUUUACGAUGUGAUAUUCCUUCAGACCCUUCCUAUGUACGUGAGACAUAAGGACUUUCUCUCAACCCUUCAGAAAAUUGUAAGAACAUUCAUAGGGACAGCAGAGAAAGAGGCACUUGCCUUGCUUACAAGACGACUUAUAGAACUAGAUGGAUUAUAUACGGAAAAGGAAUUAAAGAGAGGCAGUAAGAAGCCAAAUGACCCGAAUCAUUAUACUCCUGUGAAGAGUAUUGUAAGAAAUACGAUUGCAUCACUGUUUAUAACGGAAAUUGACCUGUCAUGCACUAGUGGUGUCAGCCUAACAGCAGACAGCAGGAAGACUGACUCGUAUGAUAGGGUGGAUGUACAACUGCAUGAGACAAAAGAGUACAAUCCUGUGACAAAACAAGAAGAAUAUAAGGUUUCUGAGGAAAUUGUCUUUAAAAGAGUUGGGACUGACAUGCAUAAAGAACUAAAGAAUGCAAGAACGUACCAUAAAUCAUCAAAAGAAGGUAAAAAUGUAGAUGAAAAAAGACGAAAAAUGAUUUUUGAUUUUAUUAUCUCAAUAAAAGAUAUGAAAAUAACGGACAGAUUCAUAACUGCCUUGACAAAACUUCCAUCUGCUGCAAGUAUUGAUGAUAAAAUGAAAGUAUUUAUCAUUAGGGUCUUGACAUACGCAAUGGAUAAGGCACUCCUUACAGAUAAAACAAUCGAAAUAAUAAGAGAUUUCUCUAAGAAAGAACUCAAAGAGUCUUCUUCUCAGGUGGUCAUAGAUGCAGCAAAGUACCUUUAUAUAAAGACAAGUGGUGCAUCUAAAAAAAGACAUAAAUCCAGGGUAUUAUCAUAUGAUGAAUUAACACUCUCUUUGCUUCUCUUCAUAAGCUCUAGACUAGGGGACUUAAGCACAAUGAAAGACGGGUUUUUCAAAAUAUGCGCUGACUUAAAGGAGUACCAGAGGAAUGAAUUAUUGCUUCUCUUUAAAGAGGCAGGUGUGCAGAUAUCAGAUAGUCUGGCAGGUACAUCUGAAGUACUUGAAAGAUACAAUGAAUCAAAGAAGACCCUAGCAGGGUUCCCAUCUCUUUAA